CUUCACGGUAGACAAGCAACGUCUAAGAGGUCCUUGCUCGCUUGGGACCACCCAAGCAGAUUCCCCCCGGGUGCCUCCUUUACCAGGAUGAUUACCCAGCCUGCACUUCAGAUGAAGAGAAAAGAUUCACCAGACCUGCUUACAGCUACAUAGCUUUAAUCGCCAUGGCCAUUCAGCAGAGUCCGUCCAACAAGGUGACCCUUUCUGGCAUCUACGAUUUCAUUAUGAAGAAGUUCCCGUACUAUCGGACAAAUCAACGAGCGUGGCAGAAUUCCAUUCGUCACAACCUGUCUCUCAACAGCUGUUUUGUCAAGGUUCCCCGAGCAGAAGGCAACGACAAAGGCAAAGGAAAUUACUGGAGUUUUGCCACCGGGUGUGAAUCCAUGCUGGAUUUGUUUGAAAACGGGAAUUACAGGAGGAGGAGGAGGAGGAGUGUGAAGAGAGAAAAAACUAAGGUGGCUGGAGAAAGAGGUGCCUUGCCCACGUUGUCUUCCGCCGAUGCCGCCUUUCCCGAAAUCUCCUGUGCUGGUGAGACUUUGGAAUCCCAAUCGCUCCAAUCUUCAGAGCCCGGUGAGUUUUUUCCAAGAGCUGCCGCCAGUCGACAAAGCCCAAACAUCGGAAAAUCUGACGCCGAAAUUAAAUUUAGCAUUGAUUACAUUCUUUCGUCUCCAGACCCACUGCCGGUCCUGCGAUCCCCAUACCAUGUGCAAGAGAAUAAAUACCACCUCUUAGAUGUUCAGCAGGUUCAGUUUUGGACACUGUGAAUCAGCCGGGACAGAAAAUUCGCAAAAUGACUUGCAGCAAAGCGAAUUUCCAGUUUUGGGGGAAACCGCCCCCCACCGACCGUCUGUUGGGGUUGGGGCUUGCUGGAGAAGACAGUAGUACUCCCGUUGGUCUCGCUUCAUGCCUUCUGGGGACACAGGGGAGGCAUCUAACUGCAUAACACGGCUUGAAUUUUGGGAAGGAAGGAAAUACUUAAAGGUGGAUGGAACAGUAAUAGUAGGCCCUACACAGAUAAUGGGAUCCGAGAAGUUAUCAAGGAGACUGGAUGCUGUCCUAAUGCUGACUUGGAACAUUAGGAAUAUAAGCCAGCCUUCCUUCCUUCCUUCCUUCCUUCCUUCCUUCCUUCCUUCCUUCCUUCCUUCCUUCCUUCCUUCCUUCCUUCCUUCUUC